UAGCUGUUUUACCCUGUUAGGAGAAGGGUGAGGGUGAAGAUUGCUAGCACGCUAUAUCAACCAGAUAGGGCCAGACAAUUGCAUUACUCUAUACCCGUUAGUUAGCUAAAUAAAUAUAAUAUUUUCUGGUGGCGUCACUGUUAGAAAAAAGGCAACACUGAGACUGUUUUGAAUGUGGCCUUUGCUAAAUAAUGAGAAUCAGUGAUCGCGAUGACUUGUGUCGUUAGCUAGCGAGCAACAUUAACCUUCUCCUGUUGUCGAAUAAUGACCACGUUCUAGGUAAAUUAGCUACCUAGCUAUUAAGAGAACGACCAAUACCUUGGUCGUUACUCGUCAUUGUUAAUAUUUCUUAAUACUAGCCAUCCCUGGAUCAAGCUUCAAGCUUUCGUGUGGCAUAGCGGAUUGGGUGUAUGUGGCGUUGUAGAUAACGUCAGAUAGCUAACGUUACAAAUGCUUUCCUUGUCAGCUAGCGUUGACUAUACAUUGAACAGCUAAAAUAUCCAACUUGUCAGCCAACGCUACACGAAAUCUUCAAGUCAUGGAUAAGGCGGAUUUUUUAAAAGGACUGCCAGUCUACAAUAAAAGCAAUUUCAGCAAGUUUCAUUCAGAUUCGGUGUGCAAAACAUCGAAUAGGAGACCCUCUGUCUAUCUCCCAACACGCGAGUUUCCCUCAGAACAGAUCAUUGUCACUGAGAAAACAAACAUUCUGUUGCGAUACCUUCAUCAACAAUGGGACAAGAAAAAUGCAGCCAAGAAACGGGAACAGGAACAAGCUGAAGGAGAGAGCCCUGCUCCUCCAAGGAAAAUCGCUCGGACCGGCAGCCGUGAGCUUAACGAGGACUCCUAAUCGUCUUCCGGUUUACUCCAUUUCACCACAUGUAAGCGGCCACCACCUAGAUGUGGCCGUUUAAGGAUUAACAAGCACACAGGCCAAGACCGCGGAUACAGACAAUUGAUAAAGCCGCGCUUGCUUUAUCUCAGAGAUUGUGAAGCUGAUUUGUUUUCCUGAGAUUUCAGUGUGUUUCUUUUUCUUUAAGUGCAACUCAUUACUCUCACUUUUUCCAGUGUGCUUAAUGUCUUGUAUGAUUUGACAACAAAUUUAAUUUCUUCUCAGUUGUCUUGUAUUGACUGAGUGUCCAGGAGUACUGGCAAGAUAUGUUGACCAGGUCUGGUCUGGUCUGUAGCCCUUCCUUGGCUGACGGCACCUGCUCAGCACACUGUAAUAUUUUGUCUUGUUCUCAUCCAUUCAGUAAUUUAUUGAAGACCUGAAUAAAGUACCAUUCUUUCUGUACACAAGAGAUGUUAAUUUAAAAUACUGAAAGCAGUGUUGCUUGAGUUUACAUGUCAAGUGUUUAGGUCUUCUCACUGUCCAGCUCCUGAGUUUUGUUAGAGGCCGAUAUUUCUUAGACGUAUUUAACUCUGGUGUUUUUCAGUGCUAAUAUUUCCUGACUUUCGUGGCAUGUUUUGAUAUGCAUACACACAAUGCAGUUGAUUAUGAGCCUUAAUUAAAUCAUUUGAGUAAUCCUUCUAAUGAGUGUUGGAAAGUGUUGGUUUAAUUUGUGCGGGAUAUAAAUACAUUAUGUGGGAGAGUAGACCUGUUAAAAAAACAAAACACAAUAGCUUUUUUUCAUGCCUCUGUGUGUGUGUGUAUCUCAUGAUCCUACCAAAUGGAAAUCUGAUGGAAGUCUGACAACACUCCGUUUUUUUUGUCUUUGUUCUAGACUUUAAAAGUUUUGAGUAGCACGCAAAAACCAGAGUGCCACUGCCAAGAUUGCUUACAGUAGUCAUUUGCUCACUGUUUCUACUGAUUGCUUAAAAUAACACGCAACAUGCAUGUUUGCCAGGCCUUUGGUGAAGAUGGGCAAGGUGGUCAUGCUUCUUCACCCUCUUCAUUUCCUGUGUCCUACAAUGCAUUUUAACAUUGUGACAAUACAUGUUGGUAUUAUUGAAUUUUAUCAGUAUCACAAUUUAGGUGUAGGCUACAAUUAUGUGAAAUUCACAAACCCCUCAUUAUUCUGGUCACCCACAACUAUAUCAGACAUUCGUGAAGGAUUUUAUCAGACUAUACUUAAGCUGGAAUUUUUAAAUAAACAUACUUUAUUUUGUCA